GGAGGGCGUUGCGUCCGGUGCAGCAGUGACAGAGGGAAAGAGAGCCCAAGCGAGUUGUCAGUGGCAUUAGCGGUGGAUUCAAUUGGGUGAACGUCGACAGUCCUAUUUUAGAUAAUUCAGCAGUCAGGGAUAUUUGUACUUUGAUCUGGAAGAUAUGUUCAGGCGAGUUGUGCGAGCGAGCAAAUUCCGUCAUGUCUUUGGCCAGGCGUUGAAGAAUGACCAGUGCUACGAUGACAUCAGAGUGUCACGGGUCACAUGGGACAGCUCGUUCUGCGCCGUCAACCCCAAGUUUGUCGCCAUCAUCAUAGAGGCCAGCGGGGGCGGGGCCUUCCUGGUCCUCCCUCUUAACAAGUCGGGCCGCAUUGACAAGGCCUACCCCACAGUGUGUGGUCACACAGGCCCUGUGCUGGACAUCGACUGGUGCCCCCACAAUGACCAGGUCAUCGCCAGCGGCUCGGAGGAUUGCACAGUUAUGGUGUGGCAGAUCCCUGAGAACGGACUGGUUACUGGCCUGUCUGAGCCUGUGGUGGUCCUGGAGGGACACUCCAAAAGGGUUGGCAUCAUCACAUGGCACCCCACAGCACGCAACGUCCUGCUCAGUGCCGGCUGUGACAACCUGAUCAUCAUCUGGAACGUGGGGACGGGAGAAGCCAUGAUUCAGCUGGAGGACAUGCACCCUGAUGUCAUCUUCAGCGCCUGCUGGAACCGCAACGGCAGCCUCAUCUGCACUGCCUGCAAGGACAAGACCAUCCGUGUCAUCGACCCCCGCAAGGAGGAGAUCGUAGGGGAGAAGGAGAAGGCCCAUGAGGGGGCACGGCCCAUGAGGGCCAUCUUCCUGUCGGACGGAAACGUGUUCACCACGGGCUUCAGCCGUAUGAGUGAGAGACAGCUAGCCCUGUGGAACCCGCAAGCCAUGGACGAGGCCAUCUCCGUGCAUGAGAUGGACACCAGCAAUGGAGUUCUCUUGCCCUUCUAUGAUCCAGACACCAAUGUGGUUUACCUGUGUGGUAAGGGUGACAGCAGCAUCCGCUACUUUGAGAUCACGGACGAGGCCCCAUUUGUCCACUACCUCAGUACCUUCACCACCAAGGAGCCCCAGAGGGGGAUGGGAUACAUGCCCAAGAGAGGUCUGGAUGUCAACAAGUGUGAGAUCGCCAGGUUUUAUAAACUGCACGAAAGGAAAUGUGAACCUAUCAUCAUGACUGUGCCCAGAAAGUCUGACCUGUUCCAGGAUGACCUGUACCCAGACACGGCAGGACCAGACUGUGCCAUCGAGGCAGAGGAUUGGUUCGAGGGGAAGAAUGGCGAGCCCAUCCUCAUAUCCCUGAAGAACGGCUACGUCCCUGGCAAGAACCGCGACCUCAAAGUGGUCAAGAAAAACAUCCUGGACAACAAGCUGAGCAAGAACACAGAGAAAAGGGGCCCAGCCAACAAGUCUGCCUCGCCCACUCCAUCCAGAAAAAACGAAGCCAAGCUGGAUGAGGUCUUGAAAGAAAUCAAAUCCCUCAAGGACCUGGUCAGCAGUCAGGAGAAGCGAAUCAUCCAACUCGAGGAGCAGAUGUCCAAGAUCGCCAUUUAAGGACCCUCCCCCCAAAAUUCAGGACGAUCCAUUGGCUAGGAGGUGGGCGGGACCCGUCACUGCCAAUCUCAAUGACAGCGUUCUGCCUGAAACCUGCCUAGCAAUGAUCCCAAGCAACAUUCCGAUAUGAACUUUUCUUAGCCAGCCCCUAACCCUCAGUUAACAUGAUGGAAUAAGAGAGAAAUAUGGCAAACUAUUCCAUUCCUUUUAAUAAGUGGCGGUUUAAUCUUCUAUGUUGUAUGAAAAAGUCUUGCAUAUUCCUUUUUGCUUUUAAGAUUGUGACCAAGAAAAUUCCAAUGGGAACCAUUUCUAUUUGGGUAAACCCAAAUGUUUUAUAUGUAGGUAUCAGUAUAUUGUCUACCCCAACUACUUAUGUUGCCAAAUUAUAAAGGAGUUAUGUUUACACCUCCUUGACAGUAUUUUUCUUUAAAAAAAAUGUUUAUCUUUGUUUUCCAGGAAGACUCAAAAUACAAACUAUAAGGGACAAUGCAAUAGGCUGGAAAUGCGAGGAGGGGGAUGGCAGAUUUCAAUAAUCAAACAAUUACUGUAAAAGACAAUGGAGGAGAACCAACUCAUUAUGGGAAAAUAUCAAACACUCAAGCCUGAUUUAUCAUAGUACUUCUGUUGUCUUUUCUGAAAAGCUCUGAGGUGUUGGUGUGAUUCUUGCUGUAAGUGUUCUCGCUCUCCCGCCUGACUUUUCUGAACCUCUAAAUUCUUCCCUCUCUUCCCAUCUUAACAGGACCAUUGUCUGUACACUUGUUAACAUCUCCUGAUUCUGACCAGAGUUAAUACAUUCAUAUAUAUUCUACUCAAGAGAUUUUAAUUUCCACUGUUUAUUCUCCAUCUUUGAUCUCUUACUCUAGCUUGUUUUACUAAGCAAGCCGCAAACAUGCAGUCCUUACAUAUCAUUUGAUACCUGGUAUAACUUAUGUUUGCAACUUGAACAAUGUUUUGAUCAUCUCCAUCAAUUUUGUGGAACAGAAAGGGUAUGAGUGGACUCCCCUUAGCUUUGUAGAUGAAAACGACAGGUGAGAUGUCACCCUGCACCUUGUACUUCUCGUAGCCUUAGAUGUUCACUUGAACUGUUUUUAUUUUUUGGAGUUGUUUACAAUGCACAUGCCCAAUCCACAAAUCCUUUUCAAUCAUUUAGUUUACCUCUGCCAUCAGCAUUGUUAGCGUUCCUGUCAUUUAGGUGACCUUGGCUACCAUCAGCAUUGUUGGCGUUCCUGUCAUUUAGGUGACCUUGGCUACCAUCAGCAUUGUUGGCGUUCCAGUCUUAUGAAACAAAUGUGCCAUAGUUUGUCAUUGUCCCCCUCUGGCCCUGUGACACAGAUGGUAUGUGUGUACUGUAAUAAGCUCUGCACUGUAAGUUACAGUUCUGCUGACUCAUGACAUGGAGCCACCUGGGUGGCUUGUACGGGUUCUUGUGGCAAUGUCCUGUGUGCUGCCCAGAGAAGGACCAAUGGAAUUGUGUUCUAUGUAGCUGGUAAACAUUUCCUGGCUUUUAGCAGUGUAUCAGCCUUGUUCCGCCUUUGAUUUGAGGAGUUUUUGCUGUCAUAAACCCCAAUGUUGAACCGUGCCCUUGUGUUCAGGGUGUGUGUGUCAGGAUGCUCACUAUUCACGACUUCAUUGGCCCAUACCCAUACAGCCAACCAGAGGGUGAGUAACAGGGGUGUGUCUGAAACAACAAUUUUGACUGUUGGUUGACAAGAAGUAACGUGGAGAAGGAAGGCUUUCAGGAUGUGUGAAUUUGUCUCGUAUGUCUUUGACCUGGUUGGAGUUUUUUUUCUGCGAGGGGAUUUUUAGAUGAUUAUAUGGAUUCACCAUAGGGUGUGACCUAUGAUCACAGAAUUGGGUGGUAUGGUGAUGUUAAUAUACUGUGCGUUUUAUCCUGUGCUUCCUUCUCCGGCUCUCCCGUUGCAGAUAUCCCACUAUGUACUUCCUUAUCAGGAUUUUAAAUAGUUUCCCCUUAAAUACAUGGUCUCAUUACUAGAGAAUCAGAGGAACAAGGAGUCGUUUGGAUUGUCUGAAUAUUUGAUGGUGUUGCCAACUGCGAUAAUAGUUCUGUUGUCAUGCUAUUUUUUUCUGCCUUAUUUUUCAGCGGGAGGGUGGGUUAGGUUUACGGUUCAGAGUUUGUUAGCCUUUAAAGUUUGUUGCCACUGAAGAGAUCAGAAAUGCCAGAGUUGUGCACAGGAAGUGCUUAAUGAUGACUGCGGUUUGAGAAUGGUGUGAGUUAUUUAGCAGGAGAGAGUGGAUAGGCACCCUGAGAGGAACUUUGACAGUGGGUUUUGGGCAUAGAAAGCACUGAGAAAUGUAUGCUUAUCAAUCACUCCAUCCUGGCCUCACAGAAUCUAAGAUUACAUCCGAGGAUGCAAUUUUACUCUAAAUAUGCAUCGUCUGGUGUUCUGUAAUAUUUGAUUGGGGUUGAGAACUACUUCAAUGUGUUCUACUGUGCUGUAGAGAUAUGAAUCUGUCAGGGGAGGAUGUCUUGGACUUUGUCCUGUACUGCCCUGUAAGUGCUUCUCCUCGGCCUCCUUGGUCUACUCAAGGCAGCGAGACCUGUGAUGUUUGGAAUAUUGGUGAAUAGCCAUUCAAAGGGACACUGUAGGUUGGAGAAAUCUGCUGUAGAGAUGUAUGUGAUGUUUGAAAUAAAGGCCUAGAAAAUGAUGUAAAUAUUUGUUUCCAUUUUUUUUUUUUCAUUUUUUUUUUUCAUUGUUGUUUUGGGCUGCAGUGUGUCUGGGAGUUGGGUUCUGGUGGGUUUUGAAUGUUACCUCUUGUCUGCGUUCCUUGCCAUAAUGUGUCAUGACUGAACAGAAUCUCCAUUCUAUCACAGGUAUUAUAAAUACAAAAAGAGAAAUUGAUAACAGAAGAAAAACAAACAAGGAUUCAGCCUCUUGUGGAGGUCUGUAGAGCAUUUUUGUUCAUUUUUUUCUGCUUCAAGUAUCAAACUUAUCGAUUAUCAGAAAUUAAUAAAGAAAUGUAAAAAAUAA